AUGGAAGACCAACGAUGUGGCGACCACCUCUGCACAGCUUGGACUGAACAUCCACAGGGGGAAGAUAAAGGUCCUGAAAGUGAAUGCGGACAACACUCACCCCAUCAAGUUGCAUGGAAGAGCAGGUCCUGGAAUAAGUACAAGCCUUUACCUACUUGGGCAAUGUCGUCGACAAGCAAGGUGGUACAGACGCCAAUGUAAGAGCAAGAAUCGGCAAGGCAAGGCAAGAGCAGUGUUUGUGCAACUAAAGAACAUCUGGAGUUCAAAAGAGCUGUCCCUGAAGACCAAAGUUCGACUGUUCAACACCAACGUCAAGUCAGUCUUGCUGUAUGGGUCUGAGACCUGCGGACAACCAUCAAGAGAGUUCAGACUUUCAUUAAUACUUGUCUAAGAAAGAUCCUCCAGAUUCGCUGGCCUGACACCAUCAGCAACAAAGACCUAUGGCAGAGGACCAACCAGACCCCAACAGACGAAGAGAUAUACAGAAAAGAAGAUGGAGAUGGCUGGGACAUACACUGCGCAAACCAACAUCCAACACCACAAGACAAGCCCUCACAUGGAAUCCUCAAGGGAAAAGGAAAAGAGGCCGACCACGAAACACCUGGCGCCGAGACCUAGAAGCUGACACCAAGAAGAUGGGUUACACCUGGGGACAACUUGUGAGAGUGGCAGAGGACAUGAUGAUGAUGAUGAUGAUGAUGAUGAUGAUGAUGAUGAUGAUGAUGAUGAUGAUGAUGAUGAUGAUGAUGAUGAUGAUGAUGAUGAUGAUGAUGAUGAUGAUGUCUAGAAUCUAAAUAAAAAACGCAUUAUACACCUUGAUAGUUAAUGUCAUAACUUUAAUGGCAUAAAGUGUAAAGAGGAUGAAUUCGAAAUUUCGAACUAUAUUGAGUAUAUAACAUACCCGACAUCUAUAGGCAAACAUUGGUCAAACCGUUUAGUGCGUCUUCUUGUGCGUCUUACAUAUAAAGACGCGCAUAAGACGUAUUAUACGUUCAAUUCAGACAAACUAUCGGUUCGUACUGGCAGUGCGCCGUUCUAUUUAAACUUAAAAUAAUCGAUAUUACAGUGAAAAUACAAAAUGUGUUCAAUUGUUCUGUUUUUCUGUAGCGAUUACAUUUACCGAUUUAUCGGCAAAUACUGCGAUAAAAUUUAAAUUUCGUACCUUUUAUGCAAUGAACCUAUGUUAUAUUUUUAUUUCCCUUUGCUACAAAUUAUCAUAUUUAAAAAUGGAGAAAACUAAGUUUUAUUGCGGUAUUUGCCGAUCAAUCGGUAAUUGCUACAGUAACACAGAACAAAUUACAGUAAAUCACAACAAACUACGGAAGCGGGACACUUUUUGUAUUUUCACUGCAAAUGCUUUUUAAAUUCUAUAAUUCAAAACUGUGCCCGUCUUUUCCAUAAUUUAAGUGCCCGUCUUUUCCAUAACUUCCCGUCUUUUCCAUAACUGCACGUCUUGUCGGCCAUAACUGCAUGUCUUUUCCAUAACUGCCCGUCUUUUCCAUAAGUGUCCGUCUUUUCCAUAACUGCCCGUCUUUUCCAUAAGUGCCCGUCUUUUCCAUAACUGCCCGUCUUUUCCAUAAGUGCCCGUCUUUUCCAUAAGUGCCCGUCUUUUCCAUAUAACUGUACGUCUUUUCCAUAAGUGUCUGUCUUUUAGUGUCCGUGUCCGCGUGUCCGUGCACGCGUUUUCCAGUACACCGCGUAACGUUAGUCGUUAGUUUUAUGACAAUUGUCAUGAUAAUAUCUAUCUAUAUAACUUGUAUAUAUGUAUAUACUAGCGUCGCUUGGCAGUGUUUCUUUCGUGCAAUUCUAUACACAAAAUGUGCAGUUUUCAAUGGAUUCUCGUAGUUGUAAAAAUAAAUGCGCAGUUAUAUGAUUAGCUAUAGUGAUUUGUGAUUAGUGCUGCAGUGAUAUUCAAUGCAUGAAGUGUGUAUUGAAUUUGAAUUCUGAUAAUUAAAAUUCGAAUUCCUCCUCCGAGCUAUCCAAGAGCUCGAGAUCUCCAUAUGAUCUCCACUUUGUAGGUCGAUGACACCCGCGU